AUGGGGCAGCUCGCAUCAUUAUUAUCAGAAAGGGCUCUAGGGACUUUGUCGUCCGACACUGAGAAGAAUCCAAAAGAGACGGUCAAGGCUGUGUCUCUUAGGAGUGGGAAAACAGUAGUGGAGCCCAUUGCAAAACCAAUUUUUGAAAUGGUGAUCAACUCAACCAAGAUAGCAGAAGAACAGAAAAUUGGUGAAUCUUUGGCUAAGGAGGAUAUAAGUAACAAGGAGGUUGAUAAGCAGAAAUUGAGCAGUGCAGUUGAGGAAAGUAAGCACAUGACAAUGGUACCUUUUCCUCAGAAGAUGAAGCGGGAGAAACUAGAUAAAUUCAUUAGAAAAUUCUUGGAGAUGCUGAAACAGCUGUAUGUGAACAUCCCAUUCACUGAGGUGCUCACCCAGAUGCCUACCUAUGUCAAAUUCCUGAAGGAAAUCCUUUCAAGUAAAAGGAAGAUCGAGGAAACAAAAGUGGUCAAACUCAAUGCACAAUGCAAUGCCAUUCUACAAAAUAAAAUUCCUCAAAAAUGUGGGUAUCCUGGUGCAUCCGUUAACCUGAUGCCAUUAUCGAUUUUCAAGAAAUUGGAAGGAGAACUAGGAGUGAUCAAAUCAGUGCCGGUAUCUUUGCAACUCGCUGAUCAGACCAUAAUCAUACCGGAUGGCAUAAUCGAGGACACUCUGGUGAGGGUAGACAAUUUUGUCUUCCUAGUAGACUUCAGUGUAGUAGACAUGGAAAUAAAUAAGGAGGUACCUCUAAUCUUGGGGGGAGCAUUCCUUUGCACUGGACGGGCUAUUAUUGAUAUAUAUGAGGGUCAACUCAUGCUACGAGUGGGAAACGAAAAAGUGGUGUUUCAAGUGAAGAUAAUGAUGAAAUGCCCGUCUGAUGAGGCAUCUGCCUAUGCUUGUUUCAAACUGGAUGUGGUAGGAGAGUUAGCUGAACAGCACAAGCUGGACAAGCUGGUAGGUGAUUCAUUGGAAAGAUUCAUUAGUCAAUCGAGUACAGUAGAGGAUGAUGAUCCUGAAAUCAAGAAGGAAGCUGAGGCACUGAAAGAUGGAAACCAUGUGGCAGAUGAAGAGGAAUUUGAGAAAGAAAGGAUCAAGCCAAAGCUAGAAAUGAAAGUACCCCUGACACAUUUGAAAUAUGCUUUUUUGGAGACUAACAAUUUUCCUGUGAUUGUUGCUGCUGAUUUGAUAGGUGAACAAGAUCACAUGCUAGUGGAGUAA